AUCUUUUCUUGUUGCGCUCCGAUUGGGCGAGUGUUGGAAAUGUGUCAGGCAUAUGUUUGCCGUGGGCGGGAGUAGACAUGUGUUUAUAAAGCUCCGUGGGGCGGCGACAGUGUGUUAAGAAGCAAGCAAAAGAGAGCGCGCGACUGAGAAACCCUCAAUUCACCCGAUGAUAGGUAGGGGAGGCGGGUCGCCCUCUGCCGCUCCGUCUCCUCACCUGUAUGGAUGACCACUACAACCUCAUUGACUCACCCUCAGCCAGCCACAGAGGGAACAACGCCGACAACCACGGGUACGCGGAGACGGAGAAGGACAUCAUGACGGUGGUCGCGUGCGAUAACAUGCUGGAGGAAAGCGCGGCGCUGCCCAGUCACCUGUCGCUGGAUCGAUACGAGCCCGACCACGAGUGCUGCGAGCGAGUGGUCAUCAACAUCUCGGGACUGCGCUUCGAGACCCAGCUGAAAACUUUCAACCAGUUCCCGGACACGUUGCUCGGGGACCCGAAAAAGAGGAUGCGCUACUUUGACCCGCUCAGAAACGAGUAUUUCUUUGACAGGAACCGACCGAGCUUCGAUGCCAUCCUGUACUACUAUCAGUCCGGGGGGCGUAUUCGGAGACCCGUGAAUGUUCCCAUUGACAUCUUCUCGGAGGAAAUUCGUUUUUAUCAACUUGGCGAGGAAGCCAUGGAGAAAUUUCGCGAGGACGAGGGAUUUAUCAAAGAAGAAGAGCGACCUUUGCCAAACCACGAGUUCCAGAGACAGGUUUGGCUUUUGUUUGAGUACCCAGAGAGCUCUGGUCCUGCGAGGGGCAUUGCUAUUGUGUCUGUUUUGGUCAUUUUGAUUUCCAUUGUUAUUUUCUGUUUGGAGACCCUGCCCGAGUUUAGGGACGACAAGGACCCAACUCCUGUCUCGCCUAUUGUAAAUGGCACCGGUCCUUUUGUGUCCAGCACUUUUACAGACCCUUUCUUUGUGAUCGAGACCCUUUGCAUCAUCUGGUUCUCUUUCGAACUGCUCGUGCGAUUCUUUGCGUGUCCCAGCAAGGCUACUUUUUCCAAAAACAUCAUGAAUAUUAUUGACAUCGUGGCUAUUAUUCCUUACUUCAUCACUUUGGGGACGGAGUUAGCCGAGAGCCAGGCCAACGGUCAGCAAGCCAUGUCUCUCGCCAUCCUCCGCGUGAUCCGUCUGGUGAGGGUCUUUCGCAUCUUCAAGCUCUCGCGCCACUCCAAAGGCCUCCAGAUUCUCGGCCAGACGCUAAAAGCCAGCAUGAGGGAGCUGGGACUCCUCAUCUUCUUUCUCUUCAUCGGGGUCAUCUUGUUUUCCAGCGCCGUCUACUUCGCGGAGGCUGACGACCCUUCCUCGAGUUUCAGCAGCAUCCCAGAUGCUUUUUGGUGGGCUGUGGUUACCAUGACCACCGUCGGCUAUGGAGACAUGCAUCCAGUGACCAUAGGAGGCAAAAUUGUGGGAUCUUUGUGCGCCAUCGCUGGCGUAUUGACCAUUGCGCUGCCCGUCCCUGUCAUUGUGUCCAAUUUCAAUUACUUUUAUCACCGGGAAACCGAUGGGGAAGAGCACGCACAGUACCUCCACGUCGGCAGCUGUCAGCAUCUCAACUCCACUGAGGAUCUGAAACAGACACAGAGCACAUCCUCACUCAGUAAAUCGGAAUAUAUGGUCGUAGAGGAAGGAAUAAAUAGUGCUUUCAAACAGACGAACUACUCCAACCAGAACAAUCAAAACUGUGUGAAUAUUAAAAAGAUAUUCACAGACGUGUAAAUCAUGUGCAGUGCCAGACAGUCUUACAACAAUCAUCAUGAUGGAACCACUGAAAAUGUCAGGUGUCGCGUUAUUAGGGAAUCAAAAUGGAAGUAGCCUGUCGACUGGAAUCGACUGAUAUCAGGCUGAUAAGCAAAGCGUGAAACACUAGUGACGUACUCCAAAACAAUGAAGGCAACAGGAUUCAGAAGGCUUCGGGGGAGAUCCACGCAGUGCCUAGGACCAAUGACCAAUAGAAAACGGAGGCUGUUAACCUUUCUGCUACCAAAACAGAAGUGAACUCACCUUCAGACAACACAGAAGAUGCUCGCACAUCUCUACUGCCACUUUCCAUUUACAUCUGGCUGGAUCACAGUGAGCCGCAACUCUAGAAGUGGCCUUUUUGGGGGGGUACAUUCAGCAGGUUCCCAUUUAAUAAGGAGAAAGCAAUAUGAAGUUGAACUGUUGGACAUGAGCUGAUAUUCGAUGAAACUACUGCCCUCUGCUAUCUGGCAGAUAUUAAUCAAGCUGUUUUAUGGUGUCCAUCAUGUAUUUGCAGUUUAGCUGUUGUUGUGCCAGAUGUGAGACCUGUGUGAAACUACAUCUUUCUUGCUCUUUGACCAUAUAAAUAUUCAGACUGA